AUGGAUCUUGUUGCUGGUGUACGCAAAGAAGGCAGCCGGGCUAAUAUGACGUUCCCAAUCAGUGGCGGCCGGACCGAGUUCAAAUGGUCCGAUGUCAAGGACUCGUCACAUCGCGAGAACUAUUUGGGCCAUUCACUGAUGGCCCCGGUCGGACGAUGGCAGCAGGAAAAGAUCUUUCGUGGUACGCCAAGGGCGAUGAAGGCGAUGAAGAAGCGCAAGCUCGCAAACAACGCGAAGAGCUCCAGCGAGUGA